AUGCAUUUGACCGGGAGAGAUGGCAUAUCAAUUCUGCAACUUAUCGUCUACGUCCCUUUCCUGGUGAUCAUAUGGAUCGCCUGUUGGAGGCAUGGCUUUCGUCGUUCCGCAGGCUGGGUCCUAAUUCUGAUAUUUUGUCUCCUUCGUAUUGUCGGCUCCAUCUGUGAACUAUGCGCACGCAGCCAUCCAUCGAAAGAUCUCAUAAUCGCGGUCGUUGUUCUUGACUCGAUUGGCAUAUCACCACUGAUGCUUGCCACUUUGGGAUUGCUAUCAAGACUUACGAACUUAAUUCGAAAGGAAAUAGAAGUUACCCUCGAGCCGAAACUCUCCCGUCUGACACAUAUCGUCGUGUCGGUGGCCGUCAUCCUCAGCAUUGUCGGGAGUGCCUCCUCGUCCGAUCCUAACCACCCAAAAUCCACGUCCCGUGUUGGGGUUUGCUUGUACCUUGCUGCUUUAGCCGGGUGCGUUCUGCUUCUCGCUCUCUCCUGGGGCAAGUUACGCCACUGUCAAAAUAUCCCCAGGCGGGAGCGCCUAGCCGUCGUCGUUGUCGGAAUCGCGUCACCCUUACUUCUGAUACGGAUUGUAUAUUCAGCAUCAUCGGUGUUGGCCAAUAGUUCUGUGUUCAAUCUUGUGAAGGGAUCGAUAUCAGCCAAGGUCUGCAUGGCGGUGAUAGAGGAGAUCAUAAUCGUUGUCAUGUAUGCUAGUUAUGGCUGGUACCUAAACCCGCUCAAGGAUGUGCAGGGCGCUUCCCCACUGUGA